UACGAUAAUUAUCGUACACUUCAUUAUCGUACGCCUAAAAUACGAUAAUUUUAUAUUUCUGAUUAUUACUCUUCUCUCUUAAUUUUAUAUACAUAUUACCAGAGUAGGCAUUGAAGAAGACGAUGAAUUAAAUGACUUGGAUGAUAUCAUUAUUUAUUAAAAAUCAUAGAAAUUAAGUUACCAACACUGGUGAUACUUAUAGCGUUUUCGGCCCGACCGGGUUUGCACCAACCUGGGAUUAGCAUCGUGAUCAGUGAUGUUUCGUAAUAUUUGUAUCAACGACAGAUACUUUCAAAAAUCAACACGACAGCCAUGAAGGAGAGCCUCGAGGACAGUUUGUUGGACGAUGGGGAUGGCGUCGGGGAACUGACGGCGCAGACGGUGCUCCAGGAGAUCGAAAAUGCCUGGAUGAACGAGAGAUUCGCUCCGGAGAUCUUGCCGCAUCAGUCCGACCUGGUGGACUGCAUGCUGCAACAGAUCGCGCACAUGGAAGAAAACAUUAAGAGGUUAGACAAGAACGAUCUUCGAGCGCUAGUCCACCGGAUGGAGCUCGAUCGGAUCAAAUACGUCAUCAGUAGUUACCUGCGAACACGCUUGGAGAAGAUCGAACGAUAUACGAUUCAUAUCCUGUCGGAGGAGGCAAAUAGAAGUCCAGAGGAGGCCUAUUUGACUCCAGGCGAGUUGCGCUUCGCUAAGGAGUAUCUGGCCAAUCUGGAGACAUUCUUCAAGACGGUGGCUUUGCAACAUAUGCCACCUAAUUUUCAGCGAUUUGAAGCGAACAAGUUUACCAUUAAACCUAACCUGCAGGCACAUGUGUUCUUGCGUGCCAAUCAAAGGGUUACCGGCAUAGUUCUGCCUGGCAUGCUGAAUGAAGAGAUAGACUUUGAGGAAGGUUCGCAGCAUAUCAUACAAUAUAGUGCCGUAGCAAACUUGGUUAAAUCUGGUGUAGUGCAGUUGAUUUGAUAUUCUUUUAGAUCAAGGAAACGUAACUA